UAAAUGUAAACUGCUCGUUCAUGCAAUUUGUAACAUUAAAAUGACAUUGAAAGGAUUAUUGCUGUUUUGUUUAGUGUACGUGGCUGCUGGAAAACAUGUAAAAAUAGAUAAAGAGUCUCCUGUCCUGAAAUGGCCUCCUACGUAUUCUCUCGAAGCAACAAAGUAUUAUAUGUCAUCUGGUUUGAUCGAAAACUUUAAAUACUGGAGAUCGUCGAGGAAUUCACGCUUGGAAGCCAAUAAUGGAGCAGUUAUUAAAAUCGCGAUAGGCACGAAAAAGGGCUAUGGAAAAUAUGAGAUUCAUCCUGAGACAACAGAGGAAGAGACCAACAAGAUGGUGUGUACAAAAAUCAAGGAAAUGCUUGUAAGACCAGAAAAUUUUCUACCCACAAUCGGUGAUCUCAAUAAGCAAGAAGGUACUGAAAAUAUUAGAGGUAUCGAUUGCGUCAAAUUCACAAAUGCAGGGGAAACGAGACCAGAAAAUGAGAAAACAUUAUGGGCCUACGCUGAUAACGGUACCGCCUAUUGGAUUCCCGUAAGAUACAAAACCAAGGAGGUUGAUGACUGGCAUGGAUAUUUGAACAAUUACGAGAUUUGGGAUUUCGACAACUUCAAUAAAGACAUUGAUUUAGACGUUUUUAAAAUGACCUAUAAUUGCUCAAACAAAGAAAAUGAUGAAAAAGCUUCUAGUAAAUCCAGUGAUAACUAUCUCCUGACUUUAAAUGCCGAAGACAUUACGGCAUUUGAUGAUGCAUUUUCGACAUAUGUACGGCAGUUUGGAAAACAAUAUGCCAAUAAGGAAGAACGUGAAAUGAGAAAACGCAAUUUCUACAAAAGUUGGAGAUUAGUAACCAGUACAAAUAAUAAAAAUCUGGGUUAUAAACUCACACUAAAUAAACUGUCCGAUCGUAUUGACGAAGAAAUCUCGAAGUACAGAAGACCGAAAAGUGACAAGCCUAAAACCGGAAGCAUACCUUUUCCUUACACAAUAGAGGAAAUAAAAAAAAUUGCAAAUACUCUGCCAAAGGAGUACGAUUUAAGGGUGGAAGGCCUUGUUGGUCCAGUGUCGGAUGCGUUAAAUGAAGGAUGCGAGUCUGAUUGGGCCUUUGCUGUUACGGCUGUCGUGGAAGGUGCUCUGGCUCGGAGCAACGGAGGUACUUGGAUGAAGCUCAGUGAACAAGCUCUCAUAGAUUGCUCCUGGGGACACGGAAAUAAAGGUUGUAAGGGCGGAAGUCCUACCAAAUCUUACUCGUGGAUAAUGGAGUAUGGAUUACCCUUACAACAGGAAUAUGGCACAUACACGAACAAGAAUGGAUUUUGUAAAAUGAAAAAUAUGACAAAGACGUACAAAAUUAAAGGAUACACCGAUGUCAUCCCUAAUAGUGUGGACGCUCUCAAGAUCGCUUUGAUAAACCACGGGCCUAUAUCUGUGAAUUUAAACGGUGGCUACGGCUUAAUGUUGUAUGAUGGUGGCAUUCUUUACGACGAGUUGUGUGACGUAUCUGACGUAGGUGAUGAAGAAGAAAAGAUCCCUAUGACUCUAGUUGGUUAUGGUGAAAAAGACGGCGAUACAUUCUGGAUCCUCAAAGAGUCCAACAGUCCAUACUGGGGUAUCGACGGCUACGUCUACAUAUCUGCUAGAAAUAAUAACUGCGGCGUAAUGAAUGAAGCUACUUAUGCUAUUGCUUAAUAAAAUAAAUCAGAAAUUUGAUCUAACGACUAACGACUUUUCGAUAUGUGUUUAACGAACAUGCUUAGAAGAUAAUAUUAUAAUUAUACACGUGGAAUGUAAGUAGGCUAAGCAAAUGAAAAUAUACUUAUAAAAUAGCA